AUGGAAGACAGCUUGCCUGGUCUCGCUUCAGUGUGUGUUUCCUCUACACUUACGAACUUCUGCACUGAUGAUAGUAUUUCUGCUGCAAGUACUUCCGACGUUCAAGAUCGCCUCUCAGCUCUUGAGUUACGAGUUCAACAACAAGAAGAUGAAAUCACUGUGCUAAAGGCAGCUUUGGCUGAUGUUUUGAGGCGUCUUGCAAUCUCCGAAGAUCAUGUAGCCUCAGUGAAAAAAUCAGUUCCAAGUAAAGCCAUGAAGAUUUUCAAAGGCCAGCCAGGCCUUCGAGAAGCUAUUUCUAUGUCCUGUAUAACCAACGGGAGUGGUGCAAACAGAAAGCCAAGCCACACCAGCUCUGUCGCAAUUGCAAGGAAAGAAACUCUUUCAUCUGCUGCUAAAAGUGGUACAGAAAAAAAGAAAGAAAAACCACAAGGACAGAGAGAAAAAAAAGAGGAAUCUCAUUCUAAUGAUCAAAGUCCACAAAUUCGAGCAUCACCUUCUCCCCAGCCCUCUUCACAGCCUCUCCAAAUACACAGACAAACUCAAGAAAGCAAGAAUUCUACUCCCACCAAAAGCAUAAAACGACCACUGACAACUGAAAAGUCACAUAAUUCAUGGGAAAAUUCAGAUGAGAGUCGUAAUAAAUUAUUGAGAGCAGUUUCAACAUCAAAAUUAAUAUCAAAAGUUAUAAAAAAUACAGAUAAGCAUAAAGAUGUCAUCAUCAACCAAGCAAAAAUGUCAACCCGUGAAAAAAGCAACCAAGAAGGAGAAUAUGUUAAAAUGUUUAUGCGAGGUCGGCCAAUUACAAUGUUCAUUCCUUCUGAUGUUGAAAACUAUGACGACAUCAGAACAGAACUGCCUCCUGAGAAGCUGAAACUGGAGUGGGUAUAUGGUUACCGAGGAAAGGACUGCCGUGCUAAUGUUUACCUUCUUCCUACCGGAGAAAUAGUGUAUUUCAUAGCAUCAGUAGUAGUACUGUUUAAUUAUGAGGAGAGAACUCAGCGACACUACCUGGGUCACACAGACUGUGUGAAAUGCCUUGCUAUACAUCCUGACAAAAUUAGGAUCGCAACUGGACAGAUUGCUGGAGUGGAUAAAGAUGGAAGGCCUCUGCAACCCCAUGUCAGAGUGUGGGAUUCAGUUAGUUUAUCCACUCUGCAAAUUAUUGGACUUGGGACCUUUGAGCGUGGAGUAGGAUGCCUGGAUUUUUCAAAAGCAGAUUCAGGUGUUCAUUUAUGUGUUAUUGAUGACUCCAAUGAGCAUAUGCUUACUGUUUGGGAUUGGCAGAAAAAAUCAAAGGGAGCAGAAAUAAAGACAACAAAUGAAGUUGUUUUGGCUGUGGAAUUCCAUCCGACAGACGCAAAUACCAUCAUAACAUGUGGUAAAUCUCAUAUUUUUUUCUGGACCUGGAGUGGUAAUUCACUAACAAGAAAACAGGGAAUUUUUGGGAAAUAUGAAAAACCAAAAUUUGUGCAGUGUUUAGCAUUCUUGGGAAACGGAGAUGUUCUUACUGGUGACUCAGGUGGAGUCAUACUUAUAUGGAGCAAAACUACUGUAGAACCGACACCAGGGAAAGGGCCUAAAGGUGUUUAUCAGAUCAGCAAACAAAUCAAAGCUCAUGAUGGGAGUGUGUUCACACUUUGUCAGAUGAGAAAUGGAAUGUUAUUAACUGGAGGAGGGAAAGACCGAAAAAUAAUUCUGUGGGAUCAUGAUCUGAAUCCUGAAAGAGAAAUAGAGGUUCCUGAUCAGUAUGGAACAAUCAGAGCUGUAGCAGAAGGAAAGGCAGAUCAAUUUUUAGUAGGCACAUCACGAAACUUCAUUUUACGGGGAACAUUUAAUGAUGGCUUCCAAAUAGAAGUACAGGGUCAUACAGAUGAGCUUUGGGGUCUUGCCACACAUCCCUUUAAAGAUUUGCUCUUGACAUGUGCUCAGGACAGACAGGUGUGCAUGUGGAACUCAGUAGAACACAGGCUGGAAUGGACCAGGCUUGUAGAUGAACCAGGACACUGUGCAGAUUUUCAUCCAAGUGGCACAGUGGUGGCCAUAGGAACGCACUCAGGCAGGUGGUUUGUUCUGGAUGCAGAAACCAGAGAUCUAGUUUCUAUCCACACAGAUGGGAAUGAACAGCUCUCUGUGAUGCGCUACUCAGUAGAUGGCACCCUCCUGGCUGUAGGAUCUCAUGACAACUUCAUUUACCUCUAUGUAGUCUCAGAAAAUGGAAGAAAAUAUAGCAGAUAUGGAAAGUGCACUGGACAUUCCAGCUAUAUCACACACCUUGACUGGUCCCCAGACAAUAAAUAUAUAAUGUCUAACUCAGGAGACUAUGAGAUAUUGUACUGGGACAUUCCAAGUGGCUGCAAACUAAUCAGGAAUCGAUCAGAUUGUAAGGACAUCGAUUGGACGACAUAUACCUGCGUCCUAGGCUUUCAAGUCUUUGGUGUCUGGCCAGAAGGAUCCGAUGGGACAGAUAUCAAUGCACUGGUGCGAUCCCACAAUAGGAAGGUGAUCGCUGUUGCUGACGACUUCUGCAAAGUCCAUCUGUUUCAAUAUCCCUGCUCCAAAGCAAAGGCUCCCAGUCACAAGUACAGCGCCCACAGCAGCCAUGUCACCAAUGUCAGUUUUACACACAGUGACAGUCACCUGAUUUCAACUGGUGGAAAAGACAUGAGCAUCAUCCAGUGGAAACUUGUAGAAAAGUUAUCUUUGCCUCAAAAUGAGAUCGUAGCCGAUGGUACUCUAACCAAAGCCCCCAUCUCUUCCAUUGAAAGUGUCAUGCAGUCUGAUACUCCCACACCGCCUCCUUCCCAGCCCUUAAAUGAGGCAGCUGAAGACGAAAGUAGAAUAAGCAAUUCUCCCACACUUCUGGAGAACAGCCUGGAACAGACCAUGGAGCCCAGCGAAGACCACAUCGAGGAACAGAGUGAAGGGGGCAGCGAGGACCUCGGUGAGCCUAUUUUUGAGGAGCCAUCCAGUGAGAUAAGCAAGGAGCAGAGUGAAUCUGUUCUUACCGAGGACCGGCAAGGCCCCCCACCCCUGUCUUAA